AGAGAAAAAAACGACAAUGAAGGGAAAGGAAGUAAACGUCAACAGACAGAGUGACAGACAUUCACAGUAACAAGUGCCCCAUGAUAUUUAUCAACUUUUGACGCGACCAUAUAUUUCUCUAUUUACACCCCCCACACUCCACUACAUUGAAUAAACAGCAGAUAGUACUGAUAUUUAUCAACAAGCUUUCACCUCUCUCACCAACAAACAAACCCUCCAAAUUUAGAAACUUAUUUUUCACAACAACAUUAUGGCAGACCCAACAACUUUCAUAGCAACAUGGUUCACACCUUCUUCCAUUUUCAUCUUUGUAAACCUCGUCAUAGGUACCAUAGCUCUCGCUUCUCGCUUCAAUGCUCCACCCAAAAACCAAACCAACCAACAACAACCUCAACUCAACCCUUCACCUUCCCUUCUCCAACGUGUCAGGUCCUUCAAUCUCAGUUACUACAACAAUAACGAGUCGGAGUCGGAGUCCGAGUUCACUCAGCCUCAGCUCGUUCGAAAACCCUCUCUAUUACAGCGAGUCGUAUCAUUCAAUUUCAACAAACACGAACAACAACACCCACAAACACAUUACGCUCAACCCGAGUCAGACUCCGAGUCCACUCAGCCUCAACUCGUUCGAAAACCGUCUCUCUUACAGCGAGUCAUGUCCUUCAGAACGCAGCACAUUCAACCCGAAUCCGAAGACCUACCUUCGAACCAGAUUUGUGACGAUGAGAAUAAGAGUAAGGUGGAGAUGAAGAAAUCUGCGAGCAAGAAAGAGUGUUCGAUGACGUCUGAAUGGGAGGAAGAGGAUGAAGAAACGGUGGAGAGAAGGAGGCCAGCGACGGCAGCGGCGAGAAGUGAAACGACGACGUGUAAAGAAGACGAAGCGGUGGAUGCAAAAGCGGAUGAUUUUAUCAACAGGUUUAAGAAGCAGUUGAGGUUGCAGAGACUUGAUUCAUUUAUCCGCUACAGAAACACCAUGUGAGGAAUUUGUUGAUGAUUACAGAGACAAAGCUACGGUGCUGGUAGUAUUUGAAAGAGGAAAAACACAAACAUAUAGGAGGACAACGUUGUCUUGUCCUCAUGGGAAAUUGUUUGUGUUUUGGCGUAGUAGUUUAGAGAUUUGUUUUUGUUUUUGUACCAAACAGUAAAACUGGAAAAAUUGCUGCAUGUGUUUAUAUGUUUAUCUAGUUUAUCCAGAAACGUUUUGGAUUUGAUGCGAUGAGUUAUAUUUGAUGAAAUUGUGCUACAUUUGUAAUA